AUGAAGCUAACGUUCGCCCUCACCGCCCUCCUUGCCACAACCGCCAUGGCCGGAGUGGCAAAGAUACGCCACGAGGACGAGACUCUUGAAGACAGCUACAAACGUCGCUCCGUCAAAGCUGGAAUCGUCCCUGUCAAAGAAGAGGACAUCAUCUCUCUUGGCGACAGGGCAGUCAAGGCUGGAAUUGUUCCUGUCAAGGAAGAAGACAUCAUUUCUCUGGGAGACCGCUCAGUCAAGGCGGGCAUCGUGCCAGUCAAGGAAGAGGACAUCAUUUCUCUGGGAGACCGCGCUGUCAAGGCUGGCAUUGUUCCGGUAAAGGAGGAGGACAUCAUCUCACUCGGAGAUUAG